CUCCUCCCCGCGCUCCCCUUUUCGGCCGCCCAUUGGCGUGGCGGCGCUCGCGAGGGGCGCCGGGAGUAGUAGUCCUCCACGGGCAGCUCUUCCCCGUCACCCCUGGGAGGAGGGAACUACAAGUCCCAGGGCCUCGCAGCGGCAGCAGGUGGGAGCUUGGAUGUUGAUAUCAACAUGGCGCUUGUCAGACAGACAAAGACAGUCAGUCUGGUCUGAUUGAGCCCCAAAGAGAGCAGGAAGGAGUGGGAAGUCCGGGGAAGGGGCUCUUUUCCCCUGGGGGGGCCAGGGGGACGAGGGGCUGGGAGCCUCAAGCAUUUGUCACCCCCACCCUUCUGGAGCUCCCCCUCAUUUUAUCUUGCAGCCCCCCCCCCGCCAAAAAAAAAAAAUCUUUGCUUUCUUCAUUGGGACUGGGGGGGAGAUCCCCACCCCCAACUUCUGCUGUUGAAUGGUGAAGUGGAGGGGAAGGAUCCCGCACCCCAAAGAAUGGUAACUAAUGCCGAAGACCACCAAGAGGCUCUCUGACUUCCUCUCCCCAUGUAAAGUAUGCUGAGAACCUUUCCAGUGGUUCUGCUGGAAACCAUGUUUCACUACACUGAUGAACCCAGAUUCACCAUAGAGCAGAUAGACUUGCUUCAGCGUCUGAGGCGUACGGGGAUGACGCGGCACGAAAUCCUCCAUGCCCUGGAGACGUUUGACCGCCUCGACCAGGAGCACAGCGACAAGUUUGGGCGGCGGUCUGCCUACGGGAGCGGGGCUGGGUCCUGCAGCAACAGCACCAACAACGUCCCGGCGUCUUCCUCCACGGCCACGGCGGCCACACAGACCCAGCACUCGGGCAUGUCCCCCUCGCCUAGCAACAGCUACGACACCUCCCCGCAGCCUUGCACUACGAAUCAGAACGGGCGGGAGAGCAGCGAACGGCUGUCUGCCUUCAACGGGAAGAUGUCUCCCACGCGCUACCCACUGGCCAACAGCAUGGCCCAGCGGUCGUACAGCUUCGAAGCCUCCGAGGAGGACCUGGACGUUGAUGACAAAGUGGAGGAGCUGAUGAGGAGGGACAGCAGUGUCAUAAAAGAGGAAAUCAAAGCCUUCCUAGCCAACCGGAGGAUUUCGCAAGCGGUCGUUGCGCAGGUGACAGGUAUCAGCCAGAGCCGGAUCUCCCAUUGGCUGUUGCAACAGGGAUCAGACCUGAGUGAGCAGAAAAAAAGGGCCUUUUAUCGAUGGUACCAGCUGGAGAAGACAAGCCCCGGGGCUACGUUAAGCAUGCGGCCGGCCCCCAUCCCGGUAGAAGAACCAGAAUGGAGGCAGACCCCUCCCCCAGUCACUGCUACCUCUGGCACUUUCCGGCUACGGCGGGGCAGCAGGUUCACCUGGCGGAAGGAAUGUUUGGCUGUCAUGGAAAGCUACUUCAAUGAGAAUCAGUAUCCUGAUGAGGCCAAAAGAGAAGAAAUUGCAAAUGCCUGUAAUGCUGUGAUUCAAAAGCCAGGAAAGAAGCUGUCGGACUUGGAGCGAGUUACCUCUCUCAAGGUGUACAACUGGUUUGCCAACCGAAGGAAGGAAAUCAAGAGGCGAGCCAAUAUUGAAGCAGCAAUCCUGGAGAGUCAUGGGAUAGAUGUACAAAGUCCCGGAGGCCACUCCAACAGUGACGACGUAGACGGGAAUGACUAUUCCGAGCAGGACACUUGGCAAGUACGCAAUGGGGAGGAGGAGGGACGAUGUACAGAGGGAGGCAGAGAAGCAGAGAAGUUAGAAGAAGACAGGAGGAUCUGCUCGAAACAAGAUGACAGCACGAGCCAUAGCGACCACCAAGACCCGAUCUCGCUAGCUGUGGAGAUGGCAGCGGUCAACCACACCAUCCUGGCACUGGCCCGGCAAGGAACCAGUGAGAUCAAAACAGAGGCCCUGGACGACGACUGAUGAAACGCCGGAGGGGGAGGGCUCUGAGCCGAGAAAGUAACUUAGUUUUAGACGUAGCACCUUAGCAGCCUUUUCCUGGUCCCCCUAAUAUGUGUUCUUCUUACCAUAUAACUUUGCAGUCUCUUGUAUGUCCAGUUAGCCGUUUAGGGUCUUGUCCUGUGAAGAUGGCUUGGUGCCCUCUGACUCUGCGUAUAAACUCUCAGUAUUAACUCCCAGUUGACUAAUUAACCAAACCGACCAACUGACCUCCCUCUCCCGGCACCCCUCCUCCCCACGGCUAGACAAAAACCUUUGCUGCUCUGUUUUUGCAUUCCAUGAACGUGCUUCCAGGUGUCGUAGGCAAACCUCGAUCCCAAGCCUUAGGCUAAACCUACUUUGAAAAUACAUACAUAUAUAUAUAUAUAAAUAUACAUAUAUAAUAUAUUGGAUUACCUUUCAAACAUAUGGUGUUACUGCUCCCUGUGUUUCAAGACCAAAAGACGACCAACGGAGGUGGUGUUCCCAGAACAGUGGCUGCCAUCUUGGGAGGUCUGGCAGAGAAUGGUGGGGUGGUGAAGCAGAGCUCUGUGUUGGCUCGAUGUCAGUUUCCAGGUGCCAACCAGCUGUGCCCCUCUUGGCCACUCCACAGCAUGCUCUGUGCUGCUUUUUGUUGUGGUCAGUGCUGGGGCCUGAAUGUUGGGGGGAAAGGAGGGACAUCCACCAAGACAUUUUGAGUUGGCGUCCAUUCCUCAGGCACUCAACAUGGCUGUCCUCUUUUCCUGCAAGCUGUGUGGCCAAUGACAUAAAGCUAAUAACAGAACAUCUCCAAGUCCUCUGCAGGAGCCCAAAGUUUCCACCUGCAGAAGAAUGUCCCUGCUGGGUGUCUGAAAGACCGACUGUUCUGGCCAUCCCACGUUAGCCCCCAUUUUGGGGGAGGAGUCACGCUGGCUCUCGGAAUUGGGGUGUGACUGAACGAUUCCGUCACCUCCAAUGUAAAGACCCAGCAGAGUCCCCCACCCUCAGGGGAGGCAUGUCUGGAGUGGAGAAGCAAGCAGAGACCCUGGGCAGGCUUCUCUGAGGAGGUGUCCCUUUUACAUGCUGUAAGAGCCCAAUUGGAUAGUAUGCCUGUUCUGUAACAAGGCCCUGCGUAUGUAGGUGAAAUGUAAAUCGCAGCCAUGUUGGACCCUGGUUCAGACUGGGGCCACAGCAGUGGGCAGAGGGGUUUCACCCUUUGCGCCUGCUCUGGUCCUGAUCCAUAUUUUUGCCUCCUGUCACUCAGGCAGCUGUUUGGCAAAGAGGAAACCCCCGAUUGGCAUCCCCGGAGUCCCUGCAUGGCUGCUAUUUGUUUACAUUUCAAAAAGCAGAGACUCGGGACCCCAUCACACCAUAGGCAUGCCGUCUAGUGUGGUCCUCAGUAUACCUCUUUUCUGGUGUCAGUGUGCUGUGGGCCUACAGUUGGGAUCCUGCCUCAGCUGUCUGAAAUUUGAGAAAUUCUGCUUGAGAGUCGUGUAAAGGUUGACCUCUUCUUCUCCCCCCCCCCUCACCCCACCCUCCAUGAAUGUGUUGCUUUCGGGCUCAAUCAUUGCUUCCCAGCAGGGCCCCAGAAAAAGAUGUGCAUCAACACAAUGUUUCCUAACCCACGUAUGAACUUCAGUCUGCGCACAGCACAGGGUGUGCCGAAUAGUGGCAUGUUUUCUGUGCAAUUGGUUCCCCCGUGGCAUAACAUGUUGGACCCGCAAGAGAUUGGGAUGUGUUCUCUCUGGAGACGGUUGGGUGCAAAUGCUCUUGUGUGUUUCUUUUGUUCCGUACUUGUUCAGGAAGCCAGAAGGCUGUGCUAAUCUGGGCAGGCCAGCUAAUAAUUGGAAGCCAUACUUAAAAAGCAGGAUCAUAGUACCAUAGUCCUGUUUAGGUAUUAUGUCGUACACUUGUACAUGUUUUUGUGUGAACGGCUGUACCUGUGUUCAUUUUAAACCGGAACCUGGAUACAGGCCCCUCCAAUGCAUGGUACAGAUGGGAAGUGUAUUAAUCUGUCCCUGCGUUCAGCUUAAUGUGUGAAUAACUCUACUGGUGUCCAGAUCUGUACUGCUGUACACGGAACACUUGUAUGAUUCAUACCAUGUGAUUAGCGCUCGCGAGGCAGAGAUUUGGCAGGAUGUCUUCAGUUACGUGAUCACUUGCUCCCACUGUGGAAGCCUACUUAGUUUUUGUUUUUCUCUACUGACUUUCAUGGGUCACCACAUCCGUCAUGCCAGGGUCUUAGUUCCCCGGAUAUUGGUGGACUACAACCCCCACCAUCCUCAGCUAUAAUAGCCUUCAGCCACUGAAGUUGUCACCCAGCAACGUCUGGGCACCCCAGGUUCACAACCACAGCAAUAUGCGCUUGGAUUCAGACAAGGCGAUCCGGGGGAAAGGAUUGGGUGAUUAAAACGGACAAUAUGCGUGUGAAUUCACUUUGAAAUAGCAAAAACUAAUUGAGGUUAUUUCCACCCCCGCUCCUUGAUCAAAUGUAGCACUUUGGUUACUUUUUUCUUAAAUGAAUAAAUAAAUAUAUAUUUGUAUUCUGCUAUUUUUUUGUUAAUGUGUCAUUGAGAUAAGUCCCAAAUAAAGCAAUGUAAACUCCUGUUCCAGAGUUGUCCCAUAAUACGUCUUGGGCAUAGUUUGGGCAGGGAACAUCUCCCACGGAAAGGCCCUGGAUGCGGGCAAGACUAAUUCUUUUGCCUGCACAAGUUCUGUUUGUGAGGAAUUCAUGGCAGGUUGUACCUGGUGCAUGAGUGAAUGGCACUCUUCCUUGUGACCUCCCAGUCCUGUCUGUGGCAUUUGCACAGAAGAUGUUCCCAUUGGAUUGUGGUCCUCCUCAUUCAGUCUCUCCGUGCUGAAUCGCAUGUGCACCCGUAAAUCCUGUCUGCUGCGCAUGGUUCCACAAAUUGACGUCAUGGAUGCUCCAUGUGUUUUCAACACAUGAAACAGAUUAUUUGUGGCCUGUUUUUAAUGUUCGUCUUAUCCUCCUCGCUUCUUUGAGCUGCACACAGAAAAAUAGAGAGAAAUGCAGAAUUGUAAAAGCUGUAGUGUUGAAAUGGGCUGGAGUGAAGGCUGUGUCUUCAGUGGAGGGACCAUCUUAGAAGAGGUUGGCUUGCUCUGUCCCCUGUCGCCUGCCUUGGGUGGUUCUGCCAUGCCAAGAAAUGCCAUCUGCCACCCUUGUUUUGGUUGCCCUGCAUUGCUCUUGAGCACUUUGAGAGGGAAUAAAACCUGGAGCGGGUGGGCUUCAGGACAUGCUACCCCACAGUAGUCUGGUGGUCGUCCUGCUCAUGUUCUGCCAGGAUGCCAUUGUAUCCCACAAUUUGCAGGGACUUGUUCUUCUGGGUGGAGAGGAUUAGAUGAGCGCGUGAGACUGUGAUUCUUGGAGAAGUGGCCAAUGCGUGUAUGCAUCAGCAGCCAAGCAGCAGUGGAAUGCCACCUUUUGGAGCAGGUGCCAUCUUUCUCUCUUCAGGUGACAGUUGGACAGCUGAGGCAGUGCAUCUCUGGUGCAGCUCCUCCUCUUACAUUUCCAAGGAACACUGAGGAGGGGUUGACCGACAUUCACGCUCUCUUGGAGAGCCCUCGCCCAAACAGUCUGGCAGCCACAUCAUGAUGGCUUCAGCUUCUCAGCUGACUAUCUGACUGCCCCCUUUUGUCUCUGCUCCUUAGAUGGUGAUGGUGACGGAGUGUCAUAGGCCCAUUUUCCUCUUGUGGAUUCAUUGGACACUGGUUGUCUUCUGCCCGGUUUGUCUGUCCAGAGCUUCAGCCUUAGUGUCAGGGAUUAGUGAGGUUAGUUUGCAGCUGCAGAGAGAAUCUCUCUUUGCCAUGUGCAUGAGCUAGUGUGCAUCUUGAAGUGCCAGGGGACAAAGAGACGGGGGAUCUGGGUGUGCAUGUGCAGGGGAGAGACCCAGCAAAAUGUAGCUGUUCUUGAGGCAUUUUGCCUCCUCAUUCGUGUGGCAGACGCACACUGAGCUGACAAGCAAGUAGCAACAAUUUCUGAUGGCAAGGGCAUUUUAAUCAGUGGCUGCUCUGUGUGGGGCCUAUCACUGCUCUUCCUUUGGGCCUUUGCAUUUUGGGGGGGGAGUUGGUUUCAACAAUACUCUGGCAGCCAACUUUCACGAAAGGAAAAGAAAAUUGCUUGCCCAACGGGCCUGCUUGCACAAACAGUGCAACUGUGGAGCAUUCACUCUCCUGCAGUUUACCCCUUCUUUUCUGUGGAUAAGUUAGCAUUUUUUUCCUUCUGAUUUAUGAAAGAAGAGCCGUGAUCUGGUGUAGCUGACAUUUCACUGCUUUUGCGGGUGGUUUUUGGCGAAAGUCGACUGUGGACACAUUGUUGGAACUGAAGCAGUAGUGGUUCAGGAAGUGGUCUUUGCAGAAGCCUUUGUUGCCGAGCACCUAAAACAAGGGAGCGAGAUCUUGUUACGGAGUGAAGAGCGCAGGGUCCCAGGGCCUGCACUUGAGCUUGGCGGACAGUGUUGCUGUGGUGGUUUUGAAGCAACUUCCCGUUAAGCCACUGGACACCACCCAAAGCAAAUUGAAAUCAAUGGCAUCUUAAGCACACAUCAAAGUACUCAAAUUCUAUUGAUUUCAAGGCAAAUUUAGAGACAAUUAUCUUCCUUUGGAUUGUGCCCAUACCAGGCUAUCGGUAGAUCUCCACAGCAGUGUUCUCCACAAGGGAGAAACUUUGAGUUGCUAUCUGGUGGAGACUCUCCACAAUAUGACGGCACAACAGGUCUGAUGGAGUUGCCCACUCAACUGCUUGCGUGUGGCCACCUGUCCUCAAGCAUGCUCAUAGAACCAUUACAUUUUGUAACAGUCAGGGGACUUUUCCGUCGGAAGGUGACCACUGUCUUCCCUUGAUGGGCACCCUCACCCCUAUCAAAUGAUAAGAUCCCGCAAGAACAGAGCAUGACUGUCUAGAAUAUCCCAUAUCUUUCCACCAUGCCCUUAUCUUUAUCCAUGGGGCAGCUGCUGUCCUGGCUUCUUUUCCUCCUCCUCCCUUCUCCCAAGAGAGUGUCCCCGUGCCUUUCCUGUCCCGUCAGUUGCUCAGAAUGCUGAUGAAUGGGAGUCCCCAACCCCCCCGCCCCGAAUUUUGAGCAAGAAAGGAGUCCCAUCCACAAGGCAGAGAAUUGCUGAGCUCAGCUCUGACCACAGCACCACUAAAAUGCACGAUUCCUGCAAGCAAUUUAGGGUGCGAGAUGAAAAAACAAUGAAAUGGUCCAGCCACCUUUUGGCACAGGGUUUCUCAACCUUGGGUCCCAGAUGGACUACAGCUUCCACCAUCAUCUGUGGCUCAGGAUAAUGGGAGUUGUAGCCCAAAAACUUCUGAGAACCCAAGUUUUGAGAAUCCCUGCUUUGGUACUUGCUGCUAUGUUUAUAGAGCAGUAAAAGGACAGGGUGGUGAAUCAAAUCGGAGCUGAAGGUUGUGAAUUGGAACUAUGGGGUGACUGAUAUUUAUCCCAGCAUAGUCUCUCUUUCCAGAUUGCUGGAUCUCCAACAAGAACUUUUAUCAUGCAUUUUUUCUAUAUGGGCAAGAGGAUAGCUUCACUAUUAUCCUGAUGCAUUUAUUGAGUGUCUGAUGCAUUUAACGGUAAUGGGGAUGGCUGAGGGUUUUUGUAAACUCAUUGCUAAUGAAAGGAUUUUGGCUAACGCAUGAGCAAGGAGUACAACAUGUAAAUCACUUCAGUCUCUUUGACCUGACCCUUCAACCAUGUCAACUUUCAUCUCGUGUUGCACUCCUAGUCUAGCUUCCGUUUGUUAAUCUGUAGUGUGGUGCAGAAGUGUGGCCUUUCAGUACCUCCCAACUCUAUGGUUCUAUGAAAUGACUGUGGUAUUGCUGAUGUUCUUGUAGAAUUGUGAUGAUUCUUAAUUUGGGGGUAUCCAAGAUGUCUGAUUUCUCACUUGUUUAGGGUAAUGUUUGGACUGAGACAGCUUUCAGUAUUCUGAACUGAAUGAGGGUUGGAUCUGGGGUACUGGUCUUCCUCUCUUUUAGAUCAAGUAAAUGAAGAGCAACUUGCCAUAUUCUCCAGAAUAAUUCACAUUGAUGCUUAACCUGCAUCUCUUACCAAUGUGCAUUAGAAAUACAAUCUUGCAUUCACUCAUUCUUGCCUUUUUCUGAGGGAGUGAUGCUAUAGAGGUCCAAGUUUCUUGGAAGAUGAUCAGCGGAUGUGAGAUUUCUUACUAGGAGUAUCUUCCAUUUUCAUCUUUAGAAAAGGGCUCCCUAGUGCAAUUUUUUGCACCCUGUAUGACUUCCUGUUCUUUUCAGUGAUUGGUGUUCGGUUCUUUGGCAAUAAAUGUUGAUUUGUGUGAACUAUUGACAUCCGCCUAUGUCGGCAGACCUUGCCUUGAUAACAGUGUGAGCGGCAUCUCCCAUCAGCUAUGCCCGCUUUCCCCCAGUGCUGUUACAAUUUUGGGUUGGCAUGUUCCCUCAUUGUGCUAUAUUAGCUGGAUCACACAGAGGCUGGCUUCUUGCUUACCAUUUCAAUGUUUGUUAGUCCUAUUAAAGCAAAAGCUGCUACACUCACAAGAGUCUGUCCAGGACUGUGUAUUCCCUGAAGUUAAACGUUCAUUUUAGCAUCUGGAAUGUUGGCAAUAACUUGUAUUGGUGAGAAGAAGAGAACUGGAGAUUGGAAAUACCUGUCAUGGUAUCAUGAGAGAUUGGAAACAUCAUGGAGAUUGGAAAUACCUGUCCAGUAAGGUCAAGAAGAGGAUUGGGGUCUUGUUUGGGCUGAUCUAGUGCCCCAUGUAUGCUUUGAUGCGCAUAUGUGGCUUUUGUGCAUGGACUACCGCAUUGAUUUCAGUGGAGGGAGCAGCUCCAAAGAAAUGUGCACGUUUCUGCCAGCACCAUUGAAAUGAAUGGAACAGCUCUUGCAGGUGGGAGAGCCCCUUUCUGCAUCUGCAUUCCUGAACAAUUGCAGGUUUGGGGCCCUACAUUUUGCCCUUCUCAGCAAACAUCAGGCCAAGAGAUCUGGACCUCCACCCAGCUAAAGUGAACCAUGAUCAAGGCCCACUGAAAUCAAUGGAACAAAUUAGAAAUGACUAGCUUAAGUCCUGUUUCUUCCAGUGGGACUUAGUCUUGACUGACUUUAGGCAGAUUGAAUUAGGAUGUUUCUUUUAUUAUUAUAAUAUAUAUAUAUAUAUAUAUAUAUAUAUUCCAAUUUAGGAUAUUUACUCAGGUUCUUAAACCACUAGGGGCCGCCAUUGAGAAAAGCAUGUCCCUCUCCCUUAGACUCUUUAUUUUUCUCAGGUUUUUGUGUAGACACAGUUGCUUUAGCAAGGUGUUAUCCUGGGUCCGCCUACCCUCUCUCUCCCCUCUUAUGCACCGACCUCCUUAAGGUUGAAAUAGAUUCAGAAGAGACUGGCCUGGCUUGCUUGGUUCAAGGCUGAGCCCGGCAUCUGCCCCACCAUGGAGCACAGACCUUGAGCGUGAAGUUGGUCGAGCUGGGUGGAGGGGUUUUGAGAGCGGCCGGGGGGUUUCUUGUGGCAGGAUUUGACUUUUAAUUGGUGUUGAGUUCAGAUGGCGGGGUGAAUAUACAGGGCAAAAUUUGAGCAUCUCUGCCUGUGGCUACCACACAACUGUGGGUUAUCCAAGCUAGUUUUGAAAUUUUCAAAUGAACAGCUGAAAUUAAAAGGGUGCAACCAUGUUUUUUGAUUUGUGGAGUGCUUCUAAGUGGGGUGGUGGAACGGAUCUUGGCAGCUCCUCGUGCAUAAGUGGGAAGCCCUGAGGGCAAAGUAAGGUCAUUAGUCUCUGCAGACGUGUGUCAACCUUUGCCAGUUAGUUGACCCUUUCUUUUUAUCCAUCCUUUGAAGGCAAGCUGAAAUAUUUACCUGCAGCUCCAUCCCAUUUUUCUGACACUUUGCUGUUUAGAAAGGGGGGCGGAAGGUAACUGAUUGGGUCGAGUUGGUGCAAGGCCAUGAAAUUGCACUCUUUUAGUGAAUGGCUGGAUGUCUCCUCUAUAUUGGAUCCAAAAAAUGUGUUUAUUACAUGACUGGAGUGAAAUCUUUUGGAUUCAUAAUAGAUCCCACUCCUGACCCUGCACCUGCACGUGCUUUUCUUUAUGUGCCAGCACAGCCACUCAGGAUCUGUAACCCUUGCGCCAUUUUUGUUUAUGAAAUGAAUUGAGGUCAAGUUCUGAAUGCACUCAUCCUUUCCGUAAAAACAAAACAAAAACAACCCACCCAAAAAUCCUUGGUGAUAAAACUGGUUUUCUGAAUCCAUUUAGUUUUCUAUGUUCUCUUUAAUUGAAUUAAUUCACUAUUUCAGUUGCUUCAUUUUGUCUGUGUGGAAAAUAAUUUUAGCCGAUAUCCAAAUUGCCUGUUUAGCAACAGGAACAAUCUGGUGUUUUGUGAAAGAGCUUCCACAACUAUUCUUGCCUCAGGUUGUGGAACUUGGACAAGGAUCCACCAAGUUCUGGCUGGUCUUAGUAGCCGAACCUUUUGUUUACUAACAGCUGUGCAGCACCUAUAUCCUAUGCUGUUUCCAAACAAAUACCAAUUUUGUCAGAUCUUGUAAAGUUACAUAUUAAUAACUGAGGCUUUAUCUAGGUUAGUAAUAGUUUCCUGCAAAACAUUUAAUUUGUGAUUCAAUGCAUGGCUUUUGACCAUCAUUUCUUUUCUAAAGUUUAAGUUCGAAAUUUGGGGAAUGUAUGGAUUUGGGUCAGUAAGGUGCCAAUUUUAAUUCCCUGUCUAAGAAAUGCUAUGGAAUGACAGAUAGUGGGGUGGCCCUGUGGCACUCGAGAGAGUAACAGCCUUUGUGUGGCUGUUUGAGUUUCCAUGGACAUAGACUCCAUUUCUCAGAUGCAGUUUUCCCAAGCAACAUCCCUCAACCUCGCUACCUACAGGGUUUGCAGAAGUUGGGCUUGAUUAAUUUUUUAUUCAGGUCUCAUGGUAAUACCAUAUUUUUGGCAUGUGAGAUCCUUUUUAUAGGGUCCUAGUUAGACCCCAACAGUUCAAAGAGAGGGGAGAAAUUGCUGCAUUCUGAUGAUAAGAGGUCCAAGUUCCUGGCUACGAACUUUGACUCUCCAACACAUUCUUCUCAGACUUCAGUCUUAUGCACACUGGUGUGGGAGUAAGCUCCGUGAACUCAGUGGGGUCUACUUCUGAGUAAGCAUGCAGAGGAUCAGGCUGCAAAAGGCGUUGAGCCACCUGCUUGCCAAACACUCUCCUGAUAGCUCUCCAGCCCCCUUUGCCUUCCUAACAGCAACCGGAAGCCUCUUCUAAAAGGCUGCUGCUUCCGAAUGCUUGCUUGAUUCGCCCAGAGCAGAGGUGACUCACCUGAGGCUCUGCAGUGGCUGUUGAGUUACCACCCCCAUUGUCAAAGCUGCCGUUGGCUCUGGCUGGGGAUGACGAGGGUUGCCUCAGGUUGGCCUCUCCUGUUCCAAGAUGUGAAAGUGGACUCAAAGAAAGGGAUAUGGCUUUCCAGCUCUUCCCUGCGUCAUUUGUUCUCUCUCUCUCCUCCUCUUGGACUGCAAGCUCUUCCAGGCAGUACAGACUGAUCUCGUUUGGAUCGGUGACUCACUGCACAGUGUGUGGGCCACUAGAGUCAUUUGGCCAUUGGAGCUGGCCGUUGGAACCAGCGGACAAGCCCAGAGAUAACACAGAGGCAAACUGCUGGUAGCGACCUUUACUCAGAUAGCGAUUUCUUACAAGGGGAUGGGUUCUCUCCUGUUUUAGACAGGAAUUGUACACCUUGAGCACACAUGGGUGGGUGGGUGUGAUCUGAUUCAGUUAGGUGGUUUUGGUGGAGGGAAACAAUUGGUGCCACAUAGGAGCCCCUCUGUUCUUACCGGCCGGCUAGCUAAGUCGCCUUUUGUUGGAAACCAUGAGGCCAAAUUGUCUUAUUGGGAUUCCUGCUGAAUCUUCAAAACCCCAUUCUGUGUUAAGGAAAGAAUGACCUUGCACCCAGACAAAUACUUUGGUGUCCCAAGUGGAUUUCAGAAAGCCAUUUUGCAAAGAAGUUCUCAUCCUAAUCCAAGCCCCAAGCCCAGUCUUUAGCUUGUGAUGUUUUGGAAGGGGUGGUCUCCCUUGAAGAACAGGCCGUCAGAUGCGAGGUGAGGAGGGGUCACCCCAGGACACUGGUCUGGGAGAAGGAAAGCUUCCCUUCUUGAGAGUAAGGUCAGCAUCAAAAAGUGAACUUCAGCAGUUGCUGCGGGUGGGAAGCUUCACCUCCAAGGCAGACGGGCUUCUCCAAGUCUUGCAGAGUGCCUCAGCAGAUGCAUGGUUGCGCUCUCCGUGCUCAGUGUCCGUCUCUAAAAGUGCCUACGUGAGUAACUGGACAUGAUCGUGAACUGGAGGCGCUGGUGUUGCUGGCUCUUCCCUGCCUCCGCCCCCCGGCUCUUCCUUGUGCACUACCUCCCACUGUGCAGGACUUGGAGUCGGGAGCCUGGACGGUGAACUCACUGCCAGAAGAAGUCCUGGCUGCCCCCUCCGCUGCCUCUCUCUUUGCUCCUCUUGACUUGAAUUCUGUUUCUAGAGACCCUUUUUAGAAUGGAGCUUUCUCAAGACAGUUUGUUGCAGGCUUUGCUUUUCCAGGCGGAGGGUGGGGAGAGGGAGAUGAGGUUGCCCAGAUCUGAUGUGAGGAGAGGUGGUCUGGACGGGCAGUCCUCCGAUGCAACCCCCAUUCUGGAUGUCUGCGACGGCAUGCCAGCCACGUCUUGACUCUGCUCCAGCCCUUCUCCAGUUGUGGUCUGUCCUGUGUCUCCGUUACAUUUCAGCUGCGCCAGCGUGGCUGUGGCAGAUGAUGGUGGCAGUUGCCAGCACCGUAGCACUAGCCCUGCUCCCCCUGCGGUCACAAUAUCUCAGGCAGGUUCAUACACCGAAGGAAAUAGCCACGAUCCUGGGCAGAGCAGCAAGCAUUGCAACUCCACCUCAUGACCAUUGACUUGCUUUUGUGUUGGUUCAUAGGAUUGGCCCUAUUCCAAAAAUAGAAGGGUUGUCUUUAGGAUUCUGCCUCCGUGCAUUUAAUACCAUCUCAGUAACUGCUUCUGCAGAGCAGGUUGCAUUCGCUGCCGUGGGGGUGUGUGUGUGUGUGUCUUCGUGGCGUUUCUCUUAGGAAGGCGUUUCCACUGGGACCCUUAAUCAGGUUUCCAAACAUGCCAUUUUGUCAGGCCCAUUUUUAGAUGUCCUUGGGUUGUUGUAAGUCUGAAAGUGUCUUGAAGACGUUUUGUUUAAUCUUUUUUCUAAAGACAAAUAGGUAUUUAAACAAAAAUUAAUAGGUAUUUAAACAAACAAUUUCCUGUAAGGAAAAGUAUCCCCCCCACCGCCACCCCUGUUUGCAGUUGAGUAAAUUCUCACCUGGUGCAUUGGUUUCAGAGGUGCCAGCAUUUCACCCUAGUGAUGGCGAAGCAACAGGUUUCCAGUAAGCUACCCUUCCAGCUUCACCAAACCAGUUUCCAGCAACUAAAGCCUCAUCUAGAGAAAGUGAGUUGGGCUUGUGAAUGAUUGAAGUGGCCUUCUAGGGAGGUGGGCCACUGGUCUGUCUAGUCGAGUGCUGAGUGCUCAGCCUGGCAGCCUCUCUCCUGGGCGCCAGGCAGAGAACUCACUCAGCCGUUGGAAUAACUGGGAUGAGGUCACCAUGACUGACUUGAGCCUUGCUGAGAUCACUAGAGCUUCCGGCUGGCUCACUGUCUCUGGAUGAGGCUGCACAGGGAGCAUUUGCCCAGCUUGGGUUGGGGUCCGCGUUGACUAAUGACUAAUGGUCACUAGUGUGAAGACCCCAGAGCAAGAGGAACAAGGCAGGGCGCACUGAAACGAGUGGGACCGUCUUGCAGCUUUGAAGGCUGAAAUGCUGGGUUGCUGUACACGUUGCUACAUGUACCCGGGGAUGGUAUCCGGAAUCAAGGGCACACUUAGCAUUGGUAUUCAUGACCAAAUGUCUUGAUUGCUGGGAAGUCUGCUUUUUGAUGGCAAAAGUUGCAAUGCAAAUGUGUUUGCACCAUGCCUAGACCGUGUGGCGGUUGUGCAUGUUGUAGCUAGGGCCUGCGUUCUUGAGUGCAGAAGGAGCCUGCAGUGCAGCCCUGAUGCCUGCUGAACACUCUGGAUUCUUUGGGAGGCAGCACAAUAUUCCAGCUGGGAGCUCCACUGGGCCUAGGGGAGAUGUGUGCUGGUGUGUUGCACAGGUCUGCCCAGAAUCUCCCUUGUGCCCCUGCACAUUUCAUAGAGCAGCUUGUGGGGCUGGAGGGCAGGCCGAGAUGAGGGGGUUGGAGACACGGCUGCCCCGGGCUGCAGCAACUUGGUGCUUUCCUCCAGCCACGCGGGUCACAGCGAGUGCCUUCCAGUGGCCUCUCCCCUUCCAUGGCGGAGAAGGGUCGGGUUGCCAGUGGCUCUUGACUCUCCCUUUGGAAAAUAAAAAGGAAAGGAUGUCAUAGUUACUUCUCCACCCCCACCCUUCAGAUGCGACGUUUGUGUUGGAGGGGAAACAGUUCAGCUUUACUUUGACUAGAUACCUUGCAUCGAAAAGCGUUGGCAAUGUGUGUGAGGGAGAGGAGGGAGCGGCUGUGUCCUUCAUUUCAGAAUGUGUGUGUGUGUGUUGGGUGGGUGGUGGCGGCAUUCAACACUGCGACUUAAUGGGGAACUGGGAAGCCAGUGCGGCUUGUGUCCACCGACGAACCAUUCCCCCUUCCGCCAUCCAUGUGCAUCUGAGCGCAGCCCAUCCCGUGACCGCUAACUGCGUUGUCCUAGAGCCUGUUGACGACAAGCGGAGUGUGUGCGUUUUCUAAGUGAAGUGCCAGGAUUGCCUGGCCCCUGUGUCUCCGUGUUCCCUUCUCGCCCACUAAUGGUGGUGGCAACACACACCGUCACGGGUGUGUUUGUCUGCCAUACUGUGUUCAGCCUACCUCAAGAGGUAAAUCUGUGUCUCACUGUCCUGCAGCCACAAUCUUCUUUUUUUUAAACUUUAAUUUUCUACUUACACACACAGACACACACACAACACUGGAAUGUAUACCCCCACCCUAUCCCUGUCCACCCCACCCCCUUGCUGUUGCCACCAACCCCUAUUGCAGAUUGGAUGCUGCUUUAAAUGUGAAGGAAAAAAACCCCGAAACAGUUGUUUUAAAAAAGCUAUAUAAGGAAGAAAAAAAUAAAUAAAUAAAACCUGAAUGAAAAGCUAAAGCUGAAUUUAUAAGCCUUGUUGCAUAUGAGCCAAAAGUGCAAAAAGCUCCGUAUAAUAAACUAACCUGCCACUCAUAUAAAUAUAAAUAUAUAUAAAUAUAUUAAAAUCAGACUGUUCUACAAAAUUGUGUAUUUGUAUUUUUGUGUACGUACAAUUUUCUGCUAAGCAGAAGGAGGAUGUAGUAUAGGAUGAUGUAAGAGGAUUUUUUUUAAUCAAAUUUCUUUUGCUACUUAUUUUUGUUAACAUCCAUAUGCCUGUCUUUGUCUUCUAUACGUAUGACACUGUUUCUGAAAAAGCUGCAGUCUCUCGCUCUCCCUCCCUUGUUCCCCACCUCUCAUCCCCAGUUCUCCUCUUCCUCCCUUUCUUUGGUCCUAUAUUUCAAAAUUAGGGUAAGUGCUGCCCCACCAGGAACUUCUUCAGAAAAUUGAACAUCCCCAUUAAUAUCAAACGACAGGUCAGAAGGAAUUCAAACUGAAGAUAAAUCUCCCAGGUUAAUAAUUACUACAGUCGCCCUUGACUGUAUUGAACCCAGGUACAAAACUGCUCAAACCGUUAGAGUAGAGAAAUGGGGAUGUACCACUGGUUCCAUAGGUGAUGCCGUGAGGCCAAAUCCAUUUUGUUAAAGGGGUCAUCAUGGUCUCCUCCUCCUCCUCCUCCUCCUCCUCCUCCUCCUCGUUCCUUUGUUAAACAAAAACUAGUUUAAGUGUCUACGAAUCCUCUCCAGCCACUAGAGGAAACGGGGGGCCAUGGCGACUGAAUCCUGAAAUACAAUUUAUUACAGAAUGGUCAGUGCCUUGAGUAAGUUCUCCAUUCACACGUAACACAAAAGGUUCAUGUGUACCCACGUGAAAUGCAUCUUUUAAAAAGCUCUAAUGGAGGCCAUGGUAAAACUGCUCUUCCACCUCAGUGUGCAGACGAGGAAUUCGUGAUUCGGCCAUGUCGAAACCUCAUUUUGAAGAACUAGUAUGACAGGGAAGAGGGUUCCAACUUGAUCGUCUUCCUGCCAUGCUACUCUUGCAUGUGUAGGAACAGGGUGGUGUGUUCUUGCAAAGGAAUGUGCAAAGUGGUUCUCACCAGGCACUUUCUGUUGAGAGCUUCUGCCCGAAGCCAGAGUGUGCCGCCAUAAGGAAGUUGAGCGUGGGCUGCGCUGGAUGGCAGCGGCCGCUCUCGCCAUGCUGUUCUAGACCCUUGCGUGUGUCAGGUAACCUUUCUGAGCCUCAGCGUCUUCACACACAGGCACGGUCAAUUCGUUCACUAAUUUUACAAAGUGCCACAAGGCUCUCUGUGUAGAUGUACCCCAUUAUUUUUUCUUCUCCAUUAAGAAAAAAUAACAAAAGAAACCCUACCCCAUAACCUGUCUUUUGGGGGGGGGAGGGAGGGAGGGAGCGAAGCUGCAUCUUUCUAUGUAGGGCUCAUAUUUAUACCAAUGUGUACUGACUGUGGCAGAAGUCCUUGUUUCUGUACGUGAAUGGAGAAAGGGAGAAACAAGUGCUCUAUUGUAUUGAUUAAAAACUAGUUUUAAAAAAAUGAGUCCUGUAUCAUUGUAUCUCCUAUUCUGGAUUAUUAGUGCCUUUUUGGACAGUAGACUGUUCUGUAACUAAAUUGUAGUAUAACAGCUUUUUUGUACAGUUUUGUUUUAAUAAAACUUUUUUUUAAUUUGUGUUUAUUUUAGUAUUGUACCUACUAGAAAAUUAAAAAUGUAUAACUGAAAA